GGGAAAGGGACCCUUAUUGUAUCGCUUUUACCAUUGGCGCCUAUGUGCUUCCACCAUUCCUGUCCCGCAUAUGGAGGCGACCAAGGCUUGCGAUCGGGUCCGGAAGUGGGAGGUUGCGCGGGGCGCCGCUCGGCCGCCUUGCAAGCACAGCUCCUCUUUGGGCGGCGCCGGGCUUCCUCGGGAGAGAAGCAUCUCCGGCUCCGUUGCGCCGCCUCCCGCGUGCUGCCCUCCUGCCCGGUGCCAUGUCCUCCUCCUCCAGGAGGAAAAGCAAGGGGCGGCCUCCCCACCCGGACGCCGCUUCCCCGCUUGCCCUGCGGCAGGCGGCUCCCGAGGCUCCCGGCACGCUGAGCUUGGCUGCUGCAGAGUUCCUGAGCAAAGCAGAUGACAAAGUCCCCAAAAGUUACAGAAGAUCUCUUGUGCAGCUGGCCCUCAACAACAUGAAACUGGCAAAUAUAUGCAUAGGCCGACCAGUGUUGCUCACCAGUAAAAAUGGAAAACAAGAGGUUUGUACUGCAUGGCCUGUUGCCGGCUUUCCUGGUGGAAAAAUUGGCUUAAGUGGAAUUACACAAAAAAAUCUGAAAGUGGGACUUGGUGAAACAGUCAUCGUCGAGCCUGUGACUGGUGCUGUUAUGCAGGCAGAGGACGUACAUUUGAAGCUGAGGAGCGAAGAUGCUUGCCUUAAUGUGGAAGAGUUGACUGCCAGUCUCCUAAGAAAUCUAGAUGGAAAGGUGGUUUUACCAGGAAACCUCCUGCAAAUCACUUUCUAUGGCCGAUGUUGCAACCUGAUGGUUACAAAGGUGAAAGGAACAGACGGGGUUUUGCAGGAAAUGGAGGACAGUCCUGUUUCAAAGCUAGAACAGAAAUCAUCACUUGAUACCAGUGAUUUUGACUUAUCUGUGCAACUUGACAAACUACUCAUUGAAGACAGUCAAGAAGGAACAUCUACCAGCACUCCAUGCAAGCAGGUGGAUCACAGUUUAUCAGUUAAUGCUUCCAUAGAUCCCAUGGUGUGUAAGGAAGAGAUUUCUGGUUCAACACAGUUAUUUGGUGACCAUGUUGCAGCCUCUCCUCCCGUACCUGAAACUACCAAGUUAAAAGGUGGCGAGGUCUGCAUUCCUGCUGAAGGGUUACUGCAGACUAGUCAAACAGGAGCAUCAUUGAGCUCUGAGCCAUUUUACUUCAUAUCUUCAAGGACUAGGAUAAGUUUCAUUGAACCUCGAACUAAAGAAACGGAAGAAUGUAAUCUGGAACCGAAGGUUACUUACAGUUCUAUAGGUGGACUCGAUAACCAGCUAAAAACCAUAAGAGAAAUGAUUGAACUUCCCCUGAAGCGGCCUGGCCUGUUUAGAAGUUAUGGAAUCCCCCCUCCACGAGGGGUGCUUCUCUAUGGUCCUCCAGGAACAGGGAAAACCCUGAUAGCCAGAGCAAUUGCAAAUGAGGUUGGGGCUCACGUCUCCACCAUUAACGGCCCAGAAAUAAUAAGCAAGUUUUACGGUGAAAGUGAAGCCAAGUUGCGACAGAUAUUUGCCGAAGCCUCCUCACGCCGCCCAUCCAUUAUAUUUAUUGAUGAAAUCGAUGCACUCUGCCCAAAGAGAGAAGGGGCACAGAAUGAAGUUGAGAAAAGAAUUGUAGCCUCCUUAUUGACACUGAUGGAUGGCAUUGGAUCAGAAGGCAAUGAAGGGCAACUCUUAGUACUUGGGGCCACUAAUCGCCCCCAUGCGCUGGAUUCAGCCCUGCGCAGACCUGGUCGCUUUGAUAAGGAGAUAGAAAUUGGGGUUCCCAACGCUCAGGACCGACUGGACAUUUUCAAUAAGCUUCUGAACAAGGUUCCUCAUUCCCUGACGGCAACAGAGCUGGUUCAGUUGGCUGACAGCACCCAUGGAUAUGUAGGAGCAGACCUAGCUGCCGUGUGCAAAGAAGCAGGCUUGUAUGCUUUACGGAGAGUACUUGGGGAGAAAGCAAACCUCUUGGAUGAAGACGUGUCUGGAUCAGUGAUAAUUACUCGCAGCGACUUCCUGCAGGCAAUGAACGACGUCAGGCCCAGUGCCAUGAGGGAAGUGGCAGUUGAUGUGCCAAAAGUAUCCUGGUCAGACAUUGGAGGGCUAGAAGAUGUCAAACUGAAAUUGAAACAAGCAGUGGAAUGGCCACUGAAGCAUCCCGAGUCUUUCAUUCGAAUGGGGAUUCAGCCACCAAAGGGAGUACUACUCUAUGGACCUCCGGGAUGCUCAAAAACCAUGAUUGCAAAGGCAUUGGCCCAUGAAAGUGGGCUGAAUUUCUUGGCAGUGAAGGGCCCUGAACUGAUGAACAAAUAUGUUGGAGAAUCUGAACGUGCAGUCAGAGAGAUCUUUAGGAAAGCCAGAGCUGUUUCACCCUCAAUAUUGUUCUUCGAUGAAAUAGAUGCCCUGGCAGUAGAAAGGGGGAGCUCUUCAAGUUCUGGGAAUGUGGCAGACCGCAUCUUGGCACAGCUGCUGACAGAAAUGGACGGGAUUGAACAGCUAAAGGAUGUGACUGUUUUGGCUGCGACAAACCGACCAGAUAUGAUAGACAAGAUAUAGCAGAUGUUGGAAUAAUAAAAUCAUCUCAUGUGAUCAAAUGGGGGAAAUGCUUGGAAUAGAUAUUAGAGGAAAGGGUUGGAAGAUAAUACGGUCUGGCACCCAAAACAGAGCUCUCUGUAUAAGUGUAAAUUAAUCUGUAAUCUGUAGCUCACAUGAGAACAGUUAAGUAGUUCAGCAGUUGAAUGGUCUAGGCUGGAGAGCUGAUAACCACCUGCUCUCUCCCAAGGUCAACUAAAGCCCCUGAAAAAUGUUUACAUGGCUGAGGUCAGCUGACAUGCGUAUAGCAGCUAAGGAUGGUUCCAAACCAAGGUCCUAUGAGUGCUCAUGGUAGGCAAGUGUUGCUCUAAGGCAAACCUUGCCAAGAUAGGUCGACUCCCCAGUCUCAGGUUAGUUUCUCAACCAGCUGUACUUCUGUCUUAAGUGGAUUAUGUUAUCUUCCUCUGUACGAUAGUGUAGAGAUUAAUAGUUUUAUCUUGUUAUAAAACCCUGUUGCCAAGUGUGACAAAAAAGGCAUUUUCUUCACAUUGCAAAGUAGUAAUAGUUUACCAUGUUCAUCCAAUGCUCAAAAACAUUAGGAGCUAUCAGUGGCUUUUGACUGUUUCCUUGCCAGAUGCGGGGCACGCACAGGAAGGUUUAAGGAAGCAAUUUGUCCCUUGAGCCUUUUUCAGAUGAAGUGCUCAGCAGCACCAGUACAUGUUCUGUGGAAGUCUACAGAGUAAGAAGAGGUAGCUUCAGCCAGUUGGUGAGGCAAGCCUUAUUCCAUUACUUAACAAGCCAGCACGUGGGCUAUGUAAGCAAGAACACACGCCAGGGUGUGUGUUCAUCAGUCAACAUGCGAGGUGUGCGUAAUUGGCAAGCACACACCCUGGAACAUGUUACUGCACUUAUAAAAAUGGCCAUUUAACUUUUAUUAAAAGCGUGUAGAUACAAAGUGUGCCUAGUUCUCAGAAUGCUAACUUCUUCAAACAACGUUAUGUAGCUUAGUUGCAUUUUAUCUCAAAGAAUUUUUCUGUUUCACUUACGCAGAAACAUUUUGUUGGCAGGCAACUUUUUCGUUUCCGAAUGCUUUUCCGUCUCAAAUCAUACCCUUGGGGUGAAAAAAGGUCUUAGUACCCCAAGUGAUCUUGAAGGACAGUUGUAACACCAUGAAAAGCAAACAUUGAUGCUGUAGCACAUGUUUCUAAGUGAGAGGGCCCCAUAACUGCAGCGAAGGAGGUAAGCCGCAGGCUUUCAUUUAUUUGUACAGUAGUCUUUUGCCAGUAUCUGUGGGCCUAUAUAGCUUAAACCAGUUUAUUUUUAACAGAAAAUAGCUACAAAGAAAUACUAGUUAAGACAUGUUUGUGCUAAUGGCUGAAACUGGAAUUUAGGCAGACUGUGAUGUUUCGCCUGUCCCCCCCCCACACC